AUGUCGCUCCAGAUCAAUGAUCCACGGUCAAGCCGCUCCAAGUCCCCUGGUCGCAGCCGCGAACGCUCCCGGUCGCGCGACAGCCGAGUGCCAUCGCCUCCUCGCGAGCGUUCCCACGCCCGUUCUGCUGCGGUUGAGAUCGCUCCCAAGUCUUCUAGUCGAAGCUAUGGCUCCGACGAAGAGGCUGAGAUCGAGCGCCAGUACAAGCUGAUCAAAGAGACUCGUCUGCGUGAACCUCGUGAGUCCCGCGAGACCGAGGAUUCGCGCAGUCUUGUCUCCCGUGCCCCUCGCAGCCCCGCCCGCUACGAUGCUGCUCGCUCUGACUCGGACGACUCCAGGCGUCGCGAUCGGGGUGCGGAUAAGUCGCGCCGUCGGGAUGAUCGCUACGAGCAUGAGGAUGAGGAUGAGGAUCAUGUGAAGGUUGCGCGCCCGCGUGAAUACCCCAGUCGGUCUCAGCAGCGUACAUCUGUGCCGCCUGCUCGCCCGAGUCGGCGGGAUCAUUCGGACUCCGACUCGGACUCGGAUGUGGAUGAACAUCUGGCUUAUGGUGAUGAGCCGGGGAGCCAUCCGAGCUAUGCGCGACCUGGUAGGUUCCAGUAUGCGCAGCCGCCAAACGCCCAACACCCUCAACCUGGCGCUUUGCGCAAACCUGCAUAUCCCGGAGAAGGCACGGAUUGGGCGGCUGUCCCCGAAUGUGAGCGUCCGGGCUUUGUCCCUCCAACGUCGCAGGCUGGAUUGCCGACGACUAUGCCUGGGGGUUUCCCUCCGGCCUCAGCGUAUGGUGAUGUCCCCUCGACGACGGCGCCAUCGUUCCCGAUGCCGCAAUAUGCAGGUCAUCAGCAGCCUCCCUAUGCGCAUGCCUCGUCCAGUCCAUAUACUCCAUCCCAUUACCGCACUGCCUCUGCCAAUGACACCGCCCACCCCCUUCCAGGCAACUAUGCCCAGCCGGGUCAGUACCAGUAUGCGCACGUCGACCCCAACAUCCGAUAUACUUCCAAGGCAACGCCUGUGCAGCCGUAUAACGCUUCGCCGCACGAGCAAUUCUCCAAGUCGCAUGACCAGUUUUCCAAGUCGCAAGACCAGUUUUCCAGGUCGCAACAUUCGGACCAGCCUGUAUACCCGUACAGGUAUAGCAAUGAGCCUCAAUUCGUAGACAGGCAGCAGCCGCUACCGCAUUCGCAAGUCCAGCCACAGUCUCACCACCAGGCUCAAGUUGUUGAGAUCACCCCUGGUGGUGGCCGCGGCCGUCCCCAUAGUCUCUCGGUGUCGUCGGCGAAUAACCUCGCGGUCGCUGGUGCUCAUAUGAGCCAUGUAGGCCACCCACCAGCGAGCCCUCUGUUGGAGCCUUAUCAUGGUACCUACCAGUCGAUGUCUCCCAUGCCGUCGCCCAUCAUGAUGCCAUCGCGUGACGACGACAUUUCCGACUUUGAGCAGUUGGAUGGUGGUACCUCGAACUCCGAAUCGGGCCGUCGCAAGAAACACAGCUCGAAGAGUGAAAAAGAUACUCAUCAUCGGAGCAGCAAGGAAAGAACUAAAGAGAAGGAGAAGGAUCGGGAUGACCGCAAGGAUGAUAAGCGUCACAGCCGAUCGUCCGGUCAUGACCGCCACGAGUCGAGCUCGUCUAUGCGUGGCGACGCCGUGGUUCUGAUCUCGCCAACAAGUGACAGGAAGCGUGUGUCGUUCUACGACGCCGCUUCAGAUGCCGCCUCGAUGCAGUCCGCGCUUAACCACAGUCGCAACAUCGACAACAAAGCCAUCAUCCAAAUCCUACCCCGUCUAACUAGUGACGAGAUCCUAAUCCUGCGUCAAGAGUACAAGAACAAAGUCAAGAUGCACGGCAAAGGCAUUAACCUCGCCAAGCAUUUACGACUGAAACUGGGCAACUCCAACUUCGGCAAAGUCUGCUACGCAACCGCUCUUGGCCGCUGGGAAUCAGAAGCAUACUGGGCCAACUGCUACUACCAAGCGGGCACCUCGCGCCGCGAACUCCUUAUCGAGUCCCUCAUCGGUCGCUCCAACGCCGCCAUCCGCGAGAUCAAGGCUUGCUUCCGUGACACCCGCUACAACGACAGCCUCGAGCGUUGCAUGCGUGCCGAACUGCGCGCCGACAAGUUCCGCGUAGCUGUCCUGCUGGCCCUUGAAGAACGGCGACAAGAUGAGCGCGAACCCUUGGAUUCCAGACUCGUGCGCCAAGACGUCUCGGAUCUGCACCGCGCCCUCGUAUCCAAGGACGGCGGCGAGACGGCUAUGAUUAAUAUCAUCGUCCUGCGCAGCGACACUCACCUGCGCGAGGCGAUGCGCACUUACGAAGGCCACUACGGGCAGAAUUUCGCCCGCGCCAUGAUCGCCAAGUCGCGUAACCUUGUGGGCGAAACCCUUGCCCACAUCCUAAACGGCGCAAUCAACCGGCCCAUGCGCGACGCCCUCCUCCUCCACCAAGCCCUCCGGGAAUCCCGCACCGGCCGUGAGCGCUCCGAGCUGCUCAUCUCGCGUCUUGUCCGACUGCAUUGGGAGCCCCGACAUCUUGAGCUGGUGAAGUCCGAGUACCGGAGACGGUAUAAUGAACGGUUGGAGGAGGCUAUUGCGGAGGAGGUUAUGUCGUCUAGCGGGGGGACGGAGUGGGGGGAGUUUUGUAUUGAGCUUGCGCGCAACUCAUAG